AUGGUCUACACAAACACUGAUCUGGCAGGGGUUCGGUCCUUCAUGCCAGAGCAGGAGAUGGAGGUGAGGAUCAUUGGUGGUGUGGAGGCCUGGGCCCACUCCUGGCCAUGGCAGGUAUCCCUACGCUUUACCACCAUGCCAGCCUGUGGUGGUGCCAUCCUCGCCCCUCAGUGGGUUCUGACUGCCGCACACUGCUUCAAGCAGUAUAACAAAGUGGAUUUCUGGACUGUGAUGGCGGGAAAACAUGACCUUGAGAAUCCUAAUGAAGAAUGUCAACAGUUGGUCGCAGUCUCAAAAAUAGUCACCCACAUGGAUUACAACCGCAUGACAAAGAUGCAUGACAUUGCCCUGCUGAAGCUGAAGACCCCGCUGAUGUUCAACCAGUGUGUGAGACCCAUAGAGAUAUGGAUGAGGCCAAUCGAACCCAAAAAGCAAUGCACAGUGACCGGCUGGGGUACCACCAGAGAGAAUGGGCCUCGUGCCAACAGACUCCAGGAGGUUAAUGUGACCUGCCUGUCCCCAGAGGACUGUAACAAGUUCUACCGUGGUGUAGUUCAGCCCACCAUGUUCUGUGCUGGAGACCCUGAAGGAGGUGUAGACGCCUGCCAGGGUGACUCAGGUGGUCCUCUGUCCUGCUACACAGGGUCCAGGUAUGAGUUGGCUGGAGUGGUCAGCUGGGGAGUGGGCUGUGGUAGAGCCCAGAGGCCUGGGGUCUAUACUAAAGUACAGGUCUACCUAGACUGGAUCAACGAAUUAAUUCAAGGUGAAAAGUCUAUGUUUGAUGGUAUUACUGUGACUGAAGAGAGUUGUGGUCAGAGUAAGGUAUUGGCCUGCCGGCUGGACUCCCGCCCGGCGUGGUUGUAUGUGACCUUGGAGGGUGCAGUGCGGGUGGGGAGUGUGACAGAGGCUUGCGCCAACUCCUGGCCCUGGCAGGUCAGUCUGCAGUCCAAAGGGAGACACUACUGCAGCGGGACCCUGAUCCACCACCACUGGGUCCUGGCACCGCAACACUGCCACAGCAAAGCUACAGUUGACACAGUGGUGCUGGGAGGUCACGACCUGAGGUUCAUGGCUGCCCAGACCAUCCCAGUGGAUGAGGUGUUCAGCCACCCCCACGACGGAACCUUCCCUCCGACCUCUGACCUCACACUCAUCAAGCUCAGUGUUCCAGCUCGAUUUGAUGACACAGUGUCUCCAGUUUGCCUCCCACAUGAGGAUUUGAAGCUGGAUGACAGCUGGUCCUGUGUGACAACAGGCUGGGGAACCAGCAACUCGGCACCGAAGGUUAGCAGAGCCACCCUGCACCAGGCCAGGCUGGGUCUGGUCAACAGGACCGCUUGUAGAGCGAGCUGGGGAGAGGAUCUCAUCACGGACACUCAGCUGUGUACAGACCCAGCCGGCUCUGUCUCCUGCAUGGGGGACUCUGGUGCUCCACUCCUCUGCCAGAAAAUAAAUGGGGUCUUCUUCCUCUUUGGGGUGGUCACAUGGGGCAGCCCGAGCUGUGACAUCAGCACACCAGCAGUCUUCUCCCGAUUAUCAGCUUAUCAUUCCUGGAUCACAAACACAACCACUGACAUCUGACUGUUUCACAUAACGAAAUAAACAAUGACUUUUUUUUUGA